AUGCCAUCCAGCUUGCCCAGGUCCGCGCUGGCAAGCGUGACGCGCUCACGACCACGCUCUUCGGUGACUCUCCGAGUGUUGGCCGCAGCACCACCACCAGCCAGCGUGCGUGCCCAAUCGGGCUGGGCUUCGGCGAUAGACCAGGCGAAAAACCUUGUACAGGACCAACUCGCUCAAUCUCCGUCUUUGUCCUCGUCGACAGCUGCGUUUUUCGGUGCAUCAGAUAGUGCUUCCGUCUCAUCCACCUCGACCGCACCACCGAAACCGAAAUCGAAAUCGAAACCGACACCGAUCAUUCAAGACCCACUUUCGCUCGUAUCAUCCGAACUCUCUUCUCUGCGCUCCAACGUCUCAUCUCUGCUCGGCUCUGGUCAUCCAAGUCUGGACACGAUAGCAAAGUACUACUUCCAGGCUGAGGGGAAACAUGUUCGUCCGCUCAUCGUGCUACUCAUGAGCAAGGCUGUCAACGGUCUCUCGCCUCUGUACCCUGAAUUGCUUGCGCAAGCGCAGAAUUCAGUGCAGCGCAGCGACACAGGCAAAUCGAUCGAACGCGAUAUGGGAAUCAACGAACCUCUGUCUCCCAGCAACGUACUCAACGAUUUCAAUCCACACAUGGAGAGCAUCGAAGGAGCUCUUCCUACAUCGACAGUGGAUGGAUCGGCAGCAGCAGCGCUUGCUUCUGCAACGGGCACCAUUCUGCCCACGCAGCGUAGACUCGCCGAGAUCACCGAGAUGAUCCACGUUGCAUCGCUGCUACACGACGACGUGAUCGAUGCAUCGCCGCUGCGACGUGGGGCUCCUUCGGCUCCUUCAGCGUUUGGCAACAAACUGAGCAUCUUGGGAGGCGACUUUUUGUUGGGGCGUGCAUCGGUUGCGCUCGCGCGUCUUCGCGAUGCCGAAGUGGUCGAACUACUCGCCACAGUGAUUGCCAAUCUGGUAGAGGGUGAAGUGAUGCAGCUCAAAUCGCAGGCUGCAGCCGCCGAGUCGAGCAAUGCAAGUGCUUCUUCAACGCCUACACAUGCCGACGUUUGGGGAUCAGAGGGUCUUCUAGCUCAUACCAUGGGUCUGUCCGACUUGCAAGCCAAAAAGGCGAUCGACGACGCUCUAUCGACGCACAACCAGCCCACUCCAGCUCAUUUUUCGCUCUACCUCCAAAAGACGUACCUCAAGACGGCAGCUCUGAUCGCCAAGUCUACACGUGCUUCCGUCAUUCUCGCUGGCUGCGGAGCGGACGCAGUUCACAAAGCCAAGCUUGCGCCCUCGGUAGCUGAGCACAUGCGUGCAGUCAGAGACGCAGCUUACGGCUAUGGUCGAAAUCUAGGCAUCGCCUUUCAACUCGUCGACGACCUGCUCGACUUUCAAUCCACUUCAGCUGCGUUUGGCAAACCGUCUGGAGGCGCUGAUUUGAGACUCGGCUUGGCAACCGCCCCCGUGCUCUACGCUUGGCAGGAGUUGCCCGGAGAGCGCAUUCACGAAAUGGUCGCUAGAAGAUUCGAAGCGCAAGCUGACGUGGAAAACAUGUUGCGGCUCGUGGACAAAAGUCAGGGACUACAGAGGACUGCAGCGCUGGCCAAGGAACAUGCUAGAAGGGCGACAAGCCAUUUAGAUGUACUCCCUGACUCAGACGCCAAGCAGGCGUUGAUCAAGCUCAACGAGCAGGUGAUCAAGCGCGUCAAGUGA